AUGAAUAAUAAGUAUACUAUUCUUAAUAAUGAAAAGAACAAGAAGUUGGUUCCAUCUAGAGUAAAUAAGAAGCAAGAAGUUCAGUUGUACAAUGAUAUUGUUUAUGAAAUUUUAUCUUUUCAUAGUGAUUUUCACUUUUUAAUGAAAACAGGUUUAUUAGUCUCAAAACAAUGGUUUAAUAUUAUUAUGGAAAGAAUAAGAAAUUUUUCAUUUACAUGUUUUAGUUUAAAGAAAACUCAGCAAUCACUACCUCAGCAAUUAUCACAGAAUAUUACUACUUUAAUAGUAAAUAAUAAUAGUCGUUGUAAUGAUAUUGAUAUUAAUAAUUUACAAUUUAUUUGUGAUAAUAUGAAACAAUUAACACUACUUAAAAUAGAUUAUAAUAGAAUUAAUUUAGAAAGUGCCAAAUAUUUAACUCGUUUACAAAAGUUAAAACAUAUUUCUUUAUAUUCUAAUUUGAAAUUUGACGAGAAAGCAUUGGAUUAUAUUAAUCAAUUGAAAGAAUUGCAAUAUUUAGGAGUUUACAAAAACAAUAUUCGUGUUAGUGGUGCUGAAAGUAUAAGUAAAAUGAUUCAAUUAACUAAUCUUAAUAUUAGUUCUAAUUUUAUUGGAUCUGAAGGUGCUUACUAUAUUAGUAAAUUACCACAUUUAACAAUAUUAAAUAUUUGUGAAAAUAACAUUGGUAGUGAUGGAGCUGAACAUAUUAGUGAAUUGAAACAAUUAACAAAUCUUAAUAUUGAAAAUAAUCGAAUUAAAGAUAACGGUGCUAAAUGUAUUGGUAAAUUGUCUCAGUUAAAAAUUCUUAAUAUUGCCAAAAAUAGAAUUACUUUUGGUGCUAUGUAUCUUUUAGCAUUGAAACAGUUAACAAAUCUUGAUAUUAGUAGAAAUGAUUUACAAGCUUUGGGAUCCUUUUUCGUUAGUGAAAUGAAACAAUUAACAAAUCUUGAUAUUAGCUUGAAUAAUAUUGGAACUCAGGGUGCUUUAAAUAUUAAUCAAAUGAAACUAGUAAAUCGUUAUCGUUUUGAUUGA